UAGUUGGCGUAGGUAUGUUAAUUUUUGAAAGUAAAUUCUUUAUUUCUGAAUACCUUAAGUAAAAUUGGGAGAUAAGUUGAUCUAAAACGAUAAUUUUGAAGAGUAAAACAAAUUUUAUUAAAUUUAGUGAUUCUGAACCUUGUGAACAUUACAAAGAUUCCACUGUAAUUGAAAUCUGGCGCAAUCGUACUUUCUGUUAUGGUAAAUUUAUUUUUAAAUAUAAAUUUACCACUAGACAUAAUCAUCCAUUUUAAGGAGCUACACAUUCGAUUGUUGUGGUUAAAUAUAAAUGUAAUAAAUGUAAUGAAAUAUUCUACAAAUCUUAUGACUUUGCGCGUGAAGGAGAACGUUUUUGGAAGGCCAGAUAAAUCAAAAGUGAUUUAUGCUUGGAAAGUUCAUUGCACUGAAGGAUUAACAUUUUCUAAAGUUGAGGAACUAUCAUCGAAAGUAAAAACUGAUGUGUAUUACAUCUUUGAACAAGAAAAAUAUGCAUUAUUAAAACUUAAUUGUCAUGAUUGGGCACUUGGUUUUGAGAAGCUUCUUCGAUCUCAAACUAAAUGUAACGAAAAAUGUACUGGUUGUAAGAAAUAUAAUUUGGAAUACUUACCGCUUAAAAUUCAAACAUGGAUUAUUUCUGAUACCGUUAGAUUAUAUCCUAUAUUAUAUCCACACUACUAUGCAAAGAAUUUGCUAUUUAAAUGUUUUUUAGAUUUUUCUAGUGCAUUUAACUUCAGAGCUCAUUUUUUAACUAAAACACAUUAUGCUAAAUGGAAAUAA